AGACUCCAUAUCGGAUUCACCACCGGAGGACCGUCCCGUACUCACUCAUCGGACCGCUCUGUGCGCUCAGAAAAUUAACGCGCUCAGGACACCUACCAAACAACGUUUCCCCUUUGUGUACGCCUUGUUUACAAUGUGAAGAAAAUGGCCGGGAAAAGUUCUGAUUGGGUGGAGAUCCUGGAACCACGCUCCCGUGAGCGUAUGUAUGUGAAUUUGGCCACCGGUGAGUGCGGCUGGGAUCCCCCUCCAGGUGUUCCUGUUCGCCAGGCCGACGGCAACCAGUGGUGGGAGCUGUUUGACCAGCACAGUGGCCGCUUCUACUACUACAACUCUACCGGGCGGCGUACAGUCUGGCAUCGACCCCAGGGAGCCGAUAUUGUGCCCCUCUCCCAGCUCCAGGCCAUGAGGCGAUGCAGUGAGGCCAAGCGGGCUGGAGGAGGCGUGGACAGGCCACACCAUGGGACCACGGGGAGUACCAGCAGUGUAGGGAGCCAGGGGCGCUGCACCCCUCUGCCCGAAUAUGACGGCGACAGUCCUGUCCCCAGAGCUCUGGAGACCAAUGAGGAGGCCGCCACCUCUGAGCUGGACCCUGCAGUGGAUAGCAGAUUGCAGGGAGAUGGAAGCGGCACCGAACACAGCACAGAUGGCAGUAAAGACCCACAGAGGGAUGCUUCUCAAAGAUGGCAGCCUACACCUGGUUCUAAGGCAGCCAUGUUAGUGAAGGUGAACAGUAUGAGCCGUAGCCAGCCUAGCCCAGCUUUGCAGCAACAGCAGCAGCACCCCCAGCACAGUGCAAACAGCAAAGCCAACACCUUCACCCUGCACCCCCCUGGCAACAAGACCCAAGGAGGACACUUAAUCUCUACCCAGGGAUAUAAAACUGCCCCGUCUGGCAAAAUGGCCACCGACGCACGUCAGGCUCAUCACCUGAGAAAAGCUAGCAAUGGCAGCUUCUGUUUGGUGACAUCAGACAGUAGCCAUCCCAGUCCACUCCUUCACAGGUCACAGACCAGCACACCACGCCCUGUCUCUCCUCAGUAUGGUUGCACUGUCCCAAUCUAUGACGAGCCAGUUUCAGACUGUCCCAUAUAUGAUGAACCCCCAACAGACAUGGAGGUAGAGGGGGCGCACUUGUACAAUGGACAGCCUCUGUCUCGCCUGACACCUACCCAUAGCCUCCAAAAGCCCAGACACCUCCAGCAUCCUGGUUCAUCUCAUUCAGGGUCCAGACACAAGAGGAAUCCUUCUGCCUCUGACUAUAGCCCAGCUGGUCUGGAGUGCAUUAAGCACAUGGUCAACGUGGAUCCCAAACAGGGGCUCCUAUCCAGCUCCCCUGUACCCACACGUACCCCUUCCCCUACCUCAAGGCAGGAUCCUGUCUUGACCCAGCCUCAGGCACAUCCACAGCCUCAGGUCCACUCUUUGCCCCAAGCUCGAGGACAGUUGAGGGACAGAGAGCCAGGGACUCCAGGCCCAAGUACACUGGACAAGAAACAAAGCUGGCGGGUCCUUGAGGCCACUGUCCAACGUGCCAUGGAGGCACGACACAGCAGGCAGAGUAGCCAGGCCUCGCAGGACUUCCCCUCCUCAACCCCACAGGCCACAGCAAACUAUCAAGACUCUGGUUACUCCACCGGCCCCUCCCCAAGUCUGAGAAGAAAGAGCAGGAGGAGGGUGGGUGGCGGUGGUGGUGCAGGAGGCAGGCCGGGGUCGGUAGGCAGCAGCGGGGAGCUAUGCGCCCUCAAUGAGCGGCUGAUGGCCGAGAUGAGAGAGGUGGUUAGUCGCUCCAACACCAUGAGGGAGGUAAGAGCGGGGCUGGACCCGGAGAUGGGGGAGAGGGUUGUCAUACCUCGGACGCGUUCCCCUGCGGACUCACUCAGGUGGUAUGGAGGAGGGGGAGGGGGGUCAGCAGGCAGGUGCGCAUCACGUGAGGACCUCAGCCCCCGGUCACUGAGUAGGGCAGGUAACCAUGGCAACCCUGCGCUGACCCCUCUGGAGAUACCAGGGAGGCAGAAAAGGACCUAUGAAAAGGUGGACACCUUGGAGAUGAGUGUGAAUAGCCAGGCCAGCCUAUCCUCACCAGAGACCCCAGGACCACCCUCCCAGGCAGGCACCCUUGAGCUGCAGGCUCAGUUGGAGAGCAGGAAGAAAGGCAUGGUGGAUGGGCGGACCGCUUCCCUGGGCCCCCACCGCCCUGCCAACCAUGACAACCGAGAGGGAGGUGAUGGGGCAGGGGGAAGAGCACGAGGAUCCACUUUCCAGCUCUCCUACGCCACCCUGCGGCAACCCCCGCCCCCCGAAAUGGGCAUGGAGGACUGGGCCAGCAAGCACCUCAACAUGCACACGCAAGGUCUGUUCCGUCGCCGUGUCUCCAUCGCCAACAUGCUGUCGUGGAAUCGCGGAUCCAUCAAAAAGCCCAUGCUUGUCACCAGCAACCGCGCUGUCAGGAAGGAGGCCUGCGAGAUGUUCAAGCUGGUGCAGGCCUACAUGGGAGACAGGCCUUCACGUCUUGACCGCCGUCACUGUGCCCUGCUCAUUGUGACCAAGUGCUGGGACAUGCCGGGCCUGCGGGACGAGCUGUACGUGCAGCUGGUGAGGCAGACCACAGGCAAUGCCAGCCCAAGAAGCUUGGCGGCAGGCUGGGAGCUGAUGGCUGUCAGCAUGGCGUUCUUCGCCCCCUCGCCCAAGUUCCGCUGCUACCUGGAAGGCUACAUCCAGAGACACACGGAGCCCACCAGCGACAAGAAAUGUGAGUCUCAGACUGAGCAACAGGUGACUCAGUUCAUAUUGGAACAGCAGGAACUAAAGCUGAAGAAGAAUUCAAAGUCCAGAAAGAAGCGAAAACAGAAUACAGAGGAGGAAGAAGGUCUGCCUAUCAGCACAUAUGCCAAGUUCUGCCAUCGGAAACUGCAGAAAGUGGCGAUCACCGGAGGCAAAAAGGGUCUACGUAAGCCCACCUUGGAGGAGAUCGACCACAGUAGGCGGGCCAUCGUCACUCCCUCCCUGUUUGGCAGUUCUCUGGAUGAGGUGAUGGAGAGGCAGAGCGAACUAUUCCCAGACAGGAAACUGCCCUGGGUGCAAGUUCAGCUUUCCCAGUAUGUUCUGGCUCUGGGCGGGGCUCAGACAGAGGGCAUCUUCAGAGUGCCUGGUGACAUUGACGAAGUGAACGCGUUGAAGCUCCAAGUAGACCAGUGGAGGAUCCCAGAGAAUCUUUCUGACCCCAAUGUUCCCGCGUCGCUAAUGAAGCUGUGGUACAGGGAGCUGGAGGAACCUCUCAUCCCGAUGAACUUCUACACUCAGUGUGUCAGUAACUGUGACGACCCAGUGUCGGCCAUCGCUGUGGUCCAGUCUCUGCCUGAGCUCAACAGGCUGGUGCUCUGCUACUUCAUCCACUUCCUGCAGGUUUUCGCUCAGCCAUCCAACGUGGCUAUAACAAAGAUGGAUGUGAACAACCUGGCCAUGGUGAUGGCCCCCAAUUGCCUUCGAUGCCAGUCCGAUGAUCCGCGGAUCAUCUUUGAGAACACACGGAAGGAGAUGUCCUUUCUGAGGAUGCUCAUCGUUCACCUGGACACCAGUUUCAUUGAAGGGGUGGUGUAGAUACUGUAAACCACAGAGCCCACCUUGGGAGCUGAAUCAACCCUCCAGCAUCUCCAGUGACACAUUUACAAUCAUGCAUAAACACUGUUUCUGUUCAGACCACACUGGAAACUCUUGGGGUGAGAUAUUAACACCUCUUACAACACAAGCAGUGACAGCUUGGAUUUUGGACCCUUGUUCUCAUUUGCUUUCUUACUGAGGGACAAAACACACCACCUUAGGUUUCACUGUGUUUUUUUGAUACUAAAAUCCAGUGGCUCACUUUAAUGACUAUUUUCUAACUGCUACAUGUGAAAACAGAUUUACUCUUUCAUUUCUUCCUUAAUGGGAAGUACUCGUUUCCUUGGACAACUAGGCUGUGUAAAGUGAGAGAGUCUUACAGUAUUUACUUCACUUGCAAAACAAGAGUAAAGACAACAGUGUUGACACGCCACUUUUUUUGUACUCUGGUUUCACUCAAGUGUGUUUGUGUGUGUGAUUGUCAGUGUGAACGAAAGACAUCACCUUAUUUUUGUCAUUUACAGAAAAUAUGGAAAAGUAAAAGAGCUUCUGCACGGUGUUUUAUUAAUAAGCUUGCCUGUGCUGUUUUGAGUAGUUGUACUGAUAGCCGCCUCGUAUUUCAUUUUACGAGACGCAGUAAGACGUGCCGCCACAACUAUUUUGACAGAGUACAGAGCCAAAGCACAAACUGGAAAGAUGCGCAGAAAGCUCUUUUUAACUGAUAGUGGCUAGAAAAUAAACUUGGAAGGGCUUUGCUUUUACAGCUCUGAACACUCGAGUGAAGCCAGACAAGAGUGUUGUAAUUACAGUUUAUGUCAUAGCGAUGUGGGAGGCUGGUUAUUCAACUGAUAAUACUCUAUCUAUUAUCUAUAAGUCUUUGAAUUGGAAUUGUGUUCUCUUUUGUUUGUGGUCUGUAUGUUUUUUUGGCUCAGGUCUUAUGAUAAAACGGGUGUUGUGAUAACUGUACAUGGCCUCCGUCAGAGACUGAAAAUUUUAUUAAUAUACCACAAACCCCAAUACUGAGAAAAGAGUAUUGUUCAACUGUCAAGCACUAUGAGAAUGUAGAUUACAAUUUUUGUGUCCCCACUCGGGCUUUGCCAAUGUAAAUAAAUUCUGUGUGUAAAUAGUACUAACUCUCCUUAAGUGUACUCUAAUGAUUAAGGGUGAAGUUCAUUAUUGCUGUAAAGAGCAAUAAAAAAGGUGUUUUUGUAAUUAACUGUUAAUUUCUCUGCUGUAACCGCCUGCCUUUUGAACAUAGGACUGAUUCAAACCACUUUCCAUGUGUGUAUAUGUGUGUUUGCAUAUCUGCUUGUUAUAAUAUAGAAUGACUGUCCAUAAAUAAAAGUUUGUUCAAUUGUA